GUAAGAAUCCUGAAACACCGCCUGGGCACACUAAUCAACAACAACAAAAUUCCAACGCAACGCUUGCAAGUUCGUGCAAAAAAUAAAAUUCUAAAAUUAGCUAGAAAGUGUAACAAAAACAAGCGCGUUGUUUUUCAAAUCGUUCCGGGCUCGACGGUGCGGCUGGACAUCCAUUAUCCUAUCGGUGGGCGUGGAAACCGUAGGACCAGUCCACGGCAAUUACAUCCCCCUCGGGUUCCGUUCUCUUCCUCUUCUUCAGUAACUGUGUCAAAAAGGCAACAACAAAAAAUAGAGCAGCUCUCGGUGCGGUUCGGUGAGAGUGAGGGUCGCUGUGAGCUUUAAAUGCACAAAUUGAUAAGCAAUUUGAUUCAAUUUCGUUCGGUGGAAAGUGUUGCAAGCUGCGUAUAACUCGGUCGCAUGAAAUCAGAGCAAGCAGCGCCAAAAAUAUCAAGUCAGAAUGUCGGAAUCGAGCAAUCUAUAUAAAUAGACUGCCCUUGACAGUGUCUGGUGUGUGCAUAAUUUAUUCGAGUGAUUUUGUUCCGCGUUUUUUGAAAUUAUAAGCCCGCAUUCGAACAACAACAAAGCAGUUUUUGUUUAUUUUUCGAGCUCGGCGAACGAAGAGAAAAAGAGAGCUCCCCGCAAUCAGCUGUUCGGAGCGACCGCCAAGAGCGUGCGCGCCAAAACAAAAAGAGGAAAACAACACAGGCACAGUGGUCUGCAAGCGACGAAAACUUAACAAAAACUGAAGAAUUCUUAAAAAGUUAAUCUCUAUUGAAGUUUUUUUAAGUCGUUAAUUUUAAUACGCGUGUGUCAAAAACUAGUGCAAAUUUCUAAACAAAAAUAGUUAAAAUAUAGUGCAAAAUGAGUGAAGAAACUGGAGACUUGGGCGGAGCUAUGCCCCCUCCUACCCUGCCGGCCGGAACUGAACCGGAAGCAACGCCCAGUGCCUCCAACUUGCCGGUGCCCACGCGCUCCAAUAUCCCCACGCCCGCUUCUUCGGUGACUGGCAUCCCAGUGGCCAGCAAGCUGAAGGCUCCGUCCAGUUUCGGGUCGACCGGGUCGGUCUCGAAGAUAGGCAGGCCCUGCUGCAACCACACAACCCCAAAGGCCGGACCACCCCCCAGAGACACAGCCAGCAUGAGUCGUGAAAGCGAUGACUUGAGUUCGAUCAAUUCGGCUUACACAGAUCUCUAUCAAGAGACCGUCAGACGCUUCACGCGCUCCUCGCUCUCACCCACAUCCGAUUGGGACCGCUUCUCGCCCGCUCGCCGCUCGCUCAAGUCGGAGGCUGGAAGUCGCACAUCUUAUGAUUAUUAUCUAGAGGCCACUGGGCGACGUCGCAGCUCAGACCACAACAGCGCCGUGCUGACAGCCAACACAGACCAGUUCAUCAUCGGCCAGCGGGUCUGGGUGGGAGGCAUCCGGUCCGGCAAGAUCGCCUACAUCGGCGAGACACACUUUGCCCCAGGAGACUGGGCGGGCAUAGUCCUAGAUGAGCCCAAUGGCAAGAAUGAUGGCUGUGUGUCUGGCAAACGAUACUUCCAGUGCGAGCCGAAAUGCGGCAUUUUCUCUCGCCUCACACGACUCACCACAUACCCGAUGUCCGGGGCCCAGACCCCGACCUCGCCCUUGGCCAAGAACUCGCCGGACAGAUCGCGCACAGUGUCUCCAACUGCCAGCAUUCGCAGCUCGAUGCUCCGCAGUCCCGGGAUAGGCAAAAACGGGUUAACCGUGGGGGACCGUGUGAUUGUCUCCUCUGGUUUCGGAAGCCGUCCUGGCCUGCUGCGCUACUUGGGCGAGACCCAGUUCGCUCCUGGCAACUGGUGCGGCGUGGAACUGGACGAGGCUAGUGGCAAGAACGAUGGAGCUGUUGAUGGUAUAAGAUAUUUUGAUUGCAAGCCCAAGUACGGUGUGUUCGUCCCGAUUGCGAAGGUCUCCCUAUCGCCGUCCUCGAAAAAGACGCGACUUUCAAGGACUGGAUCGAGGGAGUCUCUGACCUCUAUCGGGACCAUGAACAGCAUCGCUACCACGAAUACGUCGCGUAUGCGCAUGAAUGCCCAGCAGCGCAAGUCGAGCACGCCCGUUAAGCCAAUUCUAACGACGCCGAAAUCCCAAUAUUCCAUGCAGGAUCUGCUGCGCGAGAAGCAACAACACGUGGAGCAGCUGAUGGUGGAGCGGGACCUGGACCGAGAGGACGCCCAGAACCAGGCGCUGCAGCUGCAGAAGAACAUCAACGAGCUGAAAGCAAGAAUAGUCGAGCUGGAGACUGAGUUGGGGGAUGAGCGCAAGAAGAGCGAAGAAUUGCAGUUUUCCGUAGACGAAGCUCAGUUCUGUGGCGAUGAAUUGAAUGCUCAAUCUCAGGUUUACAAGGAAAAGAUCCACGAUCUGGAAUCCAAGAUCACCAAUUUGGUGUCGGCCACGCCCAGUUUGCAGAGUGUCCCGCCGCCUGCCUCGCCUCCGGAUGACAGUGCCUUGAAAGAGGAGAUCGCCCAGUUGCAAGAGAAACUCGCUGCCCAGCAGAAGGAGGUGGAGUCCCGCAUUGCGGAGCAACUGGAGGAGGAGCGACGUCUUCAGGAGAAUGUCAAGUACCUGCAGGAGCAGAACGCCACGCUCCAGACUGAGCUGGUUAGCAAGGACGAGGCCCUGGAGAAGUUCUCGCUCUCGCAGAGCGGCAUCGAGAAUCUGCGCAGGGAACUGGCUCUGCUGAAGGAGGAGAACGAGAAGCAGGCGCUGGAGUCGCAGGCGGAAUUCUCCCUCAAGUUGGCCGCCAAAUCCGAGGAGCUGGACAAAGUCAGCACCGAACUGCUCAGGCUCAAGGUGGCCUCAGAUUCGCUGGAAAGCGAGAGGGCCAACAAAACGGAUGAGUGCGAGAUUCUGCAGACGGAAGUCCGCAUGCGGGAUGAGCAGAUCAGGGAACUGAGCGAGAAACUGGACGAGAUCACCACCCAACUGAAUGUCCAAAAGGCUGAUAGCUCUGCCCUGGAUGAAAUGCUGAAACUCCAGCAAGUUGGAGGAGCGGAGAAGGAUACUAUUCUGGAACAAAGCCAAAAGGAGCUCGCCAAACUCAAGGAGGAGCUGGCCAAAAAUCAGCAAGAGCGAGAGCAACUGGAGAAGCAAGUAACUGAAGCACAGCAAUCAGCGGCCCAAGAGAAGCUAGUCAGGGAACAGGUGGAAUCCGAAAUUAGUAAAGUUAAGUUAGAAAAGGAGGCCACUGAGCAGCAGUUGACCGCCAAGCAAACCGAACUAGAAGCUUGCCAAAAGGAGCAGGCUGAAACGAACACGCGACUCCUUAAAACCCAGGAAGAAAAUACUCAAAAGGAUCUUCACCUGACAGAUUCAAGCGCUGCUCUGAAAAAACUCCAACAAGAGCUAGAGGAAAAAGUUCAAGAGGCAGACAAUCUUCUGGCUAGCCAGGAGCAGCUGAAGAAGAGUCAGGAGGAAACUGUCAAGGAGAAAGACUCACAGCUUCAGAAUCUCCAGUCGAAAGUCUCCGAGACCGAAAAUGCUUUGAAAACAAGCCAAACUCAACUGGAGCAACUGCAACAGCAGGCAGCUGCUUCCGGGGAAGAAGGGGCCAAAACCCUGGCCAAGCUGCAGGAGGAGAUUAGCCAGCUCAAGUCGGAAGCUGAAAAAGUCCAAGCUCAGUUGAAGUCCACCCAGUCUGAUGUGGAAUCGAAAGCCAAGCUGCUGGAGACGGCCAAUGGAUCACUCGACGAAGAAGCUAAAAAGGCGGCCAAGAUGCAAGAAGAGAUCAGCAGGUUAGUGAAGGAAGUGGAAGAGACUCAGUCGAAGCUCUGUUCAAGUCAGACCGAUGUGGAGUCGAAGACCAAGCAGCUUGAGGCUGCCAAUGGAGCUCUGGAGAAGGUCAACAAGGACUAUGCCGAGUCCCGAGCAGAGGCUUCCCACUUGGAAGAUCAACUCAAAGAUAUUACUGAGAAGCUGCACGCGGAACUCUUAGCGGAACGCUCUUCCAGCACCGACUUGCACUCAAAACUGUCAAAGUUCUCCGAGGAGCUGGCCACCGGCCAGAAGGAGCUCACCAGCAAGGCCGAUGCGUGGAGCCAGGAGAUGCUGCAAAAGGAGAAGGAGCUUCAGGACCUUCGUCAGCAGCUGCAAGACAGUCAGGAUGCUCACACUAAGCUCAAGGCAGAGGGCGAGCGGAAGGAGGCUUCUUUGAGUGAAACCAUCAAGACCCUCGAGGAUCAGGUGUCCAAAGCACAGAUGGAGAACACGCAGCUCAGCAGUGGCACUCAGGAAACCAUCAAGGACCUUCAGGAGCGGCUGGAAAUCACUAACGCUGAAAUCCAGCACAAGGAGAAGAUGGCCGCCGAAGAUGCUCAGAAGAUAUCCGACCUUAAGACUCUAGUGGAGGCCAUCCAGGUGGCCAACGCCAACAUAUCCCAAACCAAUGCCGAACUAUCCACCGUGCUGGAAGUGCUCCAGGCGGAGAAGAGCGAGACGAAUCACAUAUUCGAGCUCUUCGAGAUGGAGGCAGACAUGAAUGCCGAGCGCUUGAUCGAGAAACUCACAGCCAUGAAGGAAGAGCUGAAGGAUACCCAUAUCCAGGUGGAUGAGGGAAACAAAAAGCAGCUGGAGCUGGAGCAGAAACUAGAGCAGGUGCAACAGAGUAGGGAGGGUGUGGAGAAAGAUGCUCUGGACGCAAAAGAUCAACUUACGGAACUCCAGAAAUCAUCCACAGAACUCAAGCAAUGCCUCGAAAGCAAAGAGAAGCUGGUACUGGACAUUGAAGGAAAACUAAAGGAUGCCAACUCGCAACUGGAGGCCAAAACUAAUCUCUCUCAGGAAGUACAGGAUAAAUUGGAGGGGGCUCUGGUGAGGGAGAAGACUCUGGAAGAGAAGUUGCAGAAACUAAACGAACAACUGAAGGAAUCUGCUAAGACGGACAAGGAGCUUAAUGAACAGGUGUUGAAGGAUAAGGAAGCUGUCCAGAAACUGGAAGAGACCCUAAAGGAUCAAAGCAAGCAGUGGGAAGAGCAACGCGCGUUAUUUGAAGAAAAAGAGAAUCACCUUCAGACUGAGGUUUCGAAGUUAUCUGAGGAGUUGGAGAAAAUCAAAGACAGUAGUGAGAAGGCUGUAGAAGCCUUGACUCAGGCACAGGAGUUUGUGAAGGAGCGCGAAGCGGAACUCCAGAAGGUUAAAACGCAACUUGAAACGCAGGAGCAACUAAAUAAAAACCUGGAGGAAACGCUGCUAAAGGCGCAGGAAAGUGAGGGCACCUUGCAAGGCCAAUCUCAAGCAGUGCUGGAGCAGCUCAAUCAGUUGCAGCAAGCCAAUGCCGAGCUGCAGGAUGCGGUUUCCCAACGAGAAGAGGUUCUAAAGUUAGUGACACAGAAACUUGAAGAUUGCAAUAACCAACUGGAGGAGCAAAAGGCCAGCCACAACAAACUGCAGGACAAAUUGGAAAAGGCACAGCAAAGGGAGAGGGACCUUGUGGAGGAAACAUCGAAGCUAGAAGAGCAAAUGAGUCAGUUGAAGGAAGCUAACGAGGAGCUUCAGAAGUCCCUGCAGCAGAACAAAACUCUGUUGGAGAAGGGCAACGAGUUCGAUUCCCAGUUGGCAGAGUAUCAGAAAGUCAUAGAUGAAAUGGAUGAAACGGCCUCCAUGAAGUCCAAGCUGCUGGAACAGCUUCAAAAGCGGGUCGUUGAGCUGGAGGCUGCCCUUCACUUGGCCAACGAAGCACAAAAGACAGCUAGCUUUGAGAUGACAGAACUGAGGCGUCGGUUGGAGUCACUCGAUCAGGAGAAGUCCAUGGAGAUUCUCUCACUCAAGGCGCAGGUCAAUGGAGCGGGCUUAAAGACAAGCGGUGGCGGCGACGUGGAGGGUUCCGAUAAUGACAGUAGCCUGGCCAAGAUCAACUUCCUCAACUCGAUCAUUGCGGACAUGCAGCAAAAGAACGAUGCACUCAAAGCCAAGGUCCAGACCCUAGAAACUUUGCCAAUGGACUUUACCAAACCCCAUGCCUUCGAUGUGUUGACCAAGCGAAAGCCUGCGCCUCGACUAUUCUGCGACAUCUGUGAUGAGUUCGACAAACACGAGACGGAGGACUGUCCGAUCCAGGCCGGCGAAGAUCGUGAUGACUCUCCGCCCCCCUCUGCCGAAGCCAACAACAACGAAAAGAAGGACCGCAAGCUUCCUGCUCCCAGGAAGUACUGCGAAUCCUGCGAAGUCUUUGGCCACGAUGCAAGCGAAUGUGCCGACGAAGAGACCUAUUAGUUCUAGAGAAAAUUUUUAAAUGAAAUUCCUGUUUACCUUCUUUUGGAACAUAGGACUGUACCGUAUUGCGAGAUCGAUCAGAUGCUAUAACUUUCAACAUACCUCGUCAAGGAGAGCUUCAUUCUAGCUAAAAAAAAAACAUUCUAUUUAAAAUUGUGAUCUUGCGUUUUAAAAGAUGCGUGGAAUGUAGUCUUUUUUAAAUUGUUUUUAUUUAUUUAAUGCGAUGUGUAAAUCACUUGCGGUUGUUUCGUAUUUUUUGAAUGUAAAAAUAGUGUAAAAAGGAAAAAUUAAAAUUACAAUGUGGAAAGAGA